AUGAAUCAUAAUGAUUCUUCAUCUCGGUCAGCGAAGACUAAAGAUAUCAUAUCGGAAAAACGACUUGUAGAAACUGAACUCUAUCGCAAGAAAUUGUACGAACGAUUGCUCGAAUCGGUCAGUACAUGGUUGUUUGACCGUAAUGCUCGUGUACGAUUGACAGAAAUGCAGAUCGCGCAUAUUGUUUUGCGUUAUGUAUUCAACAAAAAGGCAACGAUAUCUACUUCGACGUCGGAUCCCGUAUUCAUUGUCGGUACAUCUGAUCUCGCUAGACGUCAACUUAGUAUUGAUCUAAAAAACGCAAGAUUAGAAGAUUCUGACAGACUAGCAGACAAAAUCGAUGACGAAAUCAAAUGUGCUGUGCGAGAGUUACGUUUUAAGAACCCUCCUGACGACGAACAAGUCACUUUGUCUUCAGAAACAGAUGGUAAAUUAGUCUAUCGAGGUCGUUAUCAAGAAGAUUUCGCUCAUCUAGCUCAACGUUACGGCCCUAAAUACUACAAUGCUGCGUAUGCGCUUGGAUUGCGGUACUCUUAUGUUCGUUUGACAGGUCACGGCCUUGCCCGAAAAUACGAAGAAGACACAAAACGAAGUUCGGACGAUCCGUUCGCUUGCGAAUGUUUUGCCUCAUCUUUCAACCAUUACUUUGAUCGAUACCAUUCUGCCUUCGAAGAUUUAGAACGUUGGUUUGGGUCACGUGGUUCGUUCUUUAAAAUAAAGUGGGAAGAUGAACCUUCGAAUAUGACUUAUUAUGUAUGCCCUCCGUUCGAUGAAUCACUUAUGCAACUAUGUGUAGAUCAUGUUUUCGAUGCGUUGAAAAAUCACGCAGAGUUACGACCGACAUUCAUCUUCUCUAUACCUGGCACUUGGACGAAUUUCAGUGCCCUUGAGCAACUGAAAGCUAGUUCCUGGCUGCAAGAUUUCAUUGAUUACCCAAAAGGUAAACUACCUUUUAUUGAUUAUAUGGCGACAAGAGAAAAGGAUCGGAUCAUUUAUCCAACAGAUAUCUGUGUACUAACUCUCUCGACUGAGAGCACAAAUGACAAAGCGAGUUCUCCGUCUAGAUCGGACGAUGAUGACAACCAACAGCACUUAGACAGUACAACAACCGCGAAGUCGACAAGAAAAAGACGUUUCAAUGAAACAAAUGAUAAAGACGAAUCUAAAAAAAUAAAAUUAGAUUGA